UUAACAGGACCAGCAGGAUGGACACAUGCACCAAUAUUUGGACUUUUAACCCACAUGGAUGCUGUCUGCAGAGAUCUACAGACCUGCGUUAAUCCUGGCAUGUCCCAGAUGAGAGACUACAGUAAUGACUGUCAUCACUUUCACUGUCUGGGUGCUGGUCCUGCUGGUCCUGCGGCCCCCGGCGGUGCUGAGCCGCUGGUCGUGUGCGCGGGCGUGUCCGUCCUCGUGCUCCUGCACUCAGGAGAAGAGCUGCACGGUGCUGUGCGACCGCACCAGCAUGGCUGAGCUGCCCAGAGAGUUCCCCUGCGAGGCCUCCGCCAUCAACCUGGACAAGAACAAACUCAAGUUCCUGUCGGAGAGGGCCUUCGGGACCCUGCCCUCCCUCAGGUCUCUGUCUCUGGACCACAACAACAUCUCCUUCAUCACCCCCGGAGCCUUCAAGGGCCUCGCCAACCUGGUGGAGCUGAAGAUGGCUCACAACGAGUACAUCAGCUACCUCCACACCAGGACCUUCACGGGGCUGAAGAAGCUGGUGCGCCUGGACCUGUCCGACUGUAACCUCUUCAACAUCCCCGACCGCAUCUUCAUCGAGCAGACGGCGCUGAAGGAGCUGCUCUGCUUCCAGAACAACUUCAGGAGGAUCCCCGGGGCCUUCAGGGGCAUGGAGAACCUGACCCACAUCUACCUGGAGAGGAACAAGAUCGAGGCGGUGGCCUACAACUCCCUGCUGGGCCUGGGCAGCCUCAGGUACCUGAACCUGCAGGAGAACCGCAUCAACGUGAUCCACGACCAGGCCUUCCAGGACCUGGUGCGGCUGGAGAACUUCUACCUCAACGACAACCUGCUGACGGACCUGCCCCGGCUGGCCUUCAAGGGCCUGAUCCGCCUCAAGAUGCUGAACCUCGGGGGGAACCAGCUCAUCAACGUCUCCAGAACCUGGUUCAGUGACCUGGUGGAGCUGGAGGUCCUGUACCUGGACAGGAACCAGCUGGUUAACAUAGAAGAGGGCACCUUUGAGAACCUGACCAGCCUGAUCACGCUGCACCUGAACAGCAACAACCUGUCCGUGCUCCCGUUCUCCGUCUUCCAGCCGGUCUACUUCCUGGGCCGCCUGUACCUCUUCAGGAACCCGUGGGAGUGCGACUGCUCCCUGGAGUGGCUGAAGGAGUGGAUGGAGAGCUACAAGCUGGUGCGGGACAUCCCCUGCGCCUCCCCGUCGUCCGUGGCGGGCCUGGACCUCAGCGAGGUGGUGUUCUCCAGGCUGAACGGGACCUGCGUGGACCCCGGGGAGCUGAACCUGACCACGGCCCCGUCGGAGAUCCUCUCCACCACCGAGAACCGCUUCAACAGCCUCAUCUCCAAGCUGCUGCAGCAGGAGCUCCGGGAGGAGAUGGGCAACGGGACCGAGAGCCUCCGCAACGGGACGCUGCUGGACCCCGAGGACCAGCUGUCUGCGGGGGCCGCGGGGCCCCGGGGCCCGGCUCGCCUCUCAGCCCUCUGCUUCAUGGUGGCGUGGCUGGCCUUCGCUGUGAUGGGCCAGUCAGACAUCAGCUACUGUCUGUCCUGCACAUGAGACUCUGUGGAGCUGGUCUGCUCCUGACCAACAGGAACACGAGGAGCUUUUCUAACGCCGACCAGAUAAAAGAAACACGGAGGAACUCUGGUUCCUCUCAUGGUGGCUGGUACCAAACCAAGGAUUGGGAAUAUUUCCUGUUGAAAUGCAUGAAUAUUUCCAGCUGUCUUCAGAUGGAAAGACUGUUGUUGACGUGUCGGCGUUUCUUUCCAUACGAGCUGUUCAUAAACAAUAAUCUGAUGCUUGUAGAACAUAUCUGUGGAUGAAGCUGCAGGAGCUGGAGGCUGCAGGUUCAUUCUACAGUCAGACGGUGUUGAUUCAUCGGAUUACUCUGAUGAAAAUGUAUAUGUGAACCUCCACCUCUUGUUGCAUAACGCUCAAUUUUAAUUAAUAUUAUAUAAUAUUCGUAGCAUUACAUAGUCUGUUACGAGUGUUUUUUUUUGUAUUUUGAUUGACAUUAUGUGUAAAGUGAAAGCAGAUAACAGCUCCUGUGUUUAUCCAAACAGAUGUCCUCUCUGCUUCUUUCUCUUCAUUCAGCUCUAAAUGUAGCUUCUGCAGCUUUUUCCAUAAAUGCAUUAAUCUUCUUAUUGCAUGCGGCUCAGUGUCAUUGCUGCUACGGUAAUGGAGGGACGCUCUCACUGCUUUUACCUCCAUAUAUGGACUGUUUCCUCCUUAUGGAGCUGACUUCUCUGUAUACAGGGUGUGAUGGCCAUAUGUCCGGCUGAGGAUGGGGGAGGGAGAGUGUGAAAUAAUAAUCUUUGAGAUAAGAAACGAUUUCAGAUGUAUGAAAUUGCAAA